AUGCCACCCCGUCUCUCAUUACGGGUGGCCUUCCCCCGGCCGUCGGCUAUCAUAGCCAGCCAGGCACCACGCCGCCUUCUCCUCCCUCUAACCGCCCAGCGCGGCAUCCAAUACGGCUGGUCAACAGCACCAGCACGUUCGAAACACAAGCGAUUCAACCAGCCCAAUGCCGGCCUGCCCGCUCUCACGACCGGCCCCGCGGCUGCCCUGAAGCGCCGGGAGAACACGACCCCCCUCCGAACAGGCGUCCUCGCCACCAAGAAGGGUAUGACGAGCAUGUUCGUCGGCAAGAUGCGUGUGCCCUGCACUGUCCUCCAACUCGACCAGGUUCAGGUCGUGGCGAACAAGACGAGAGAAAAGCACGGCUACUGGGCUGUUCAGAUUGGCGCCGGCUCACGACAACCACGAAACGUGACGAGCCCUAUGCUGGGGUACUACGAGGCAAAGGGGAUGGCACCCAAGAGCGAACUGGCCGAGUUUAUGGUCCGCGACAAAGAGGGUCUGUUGCCCGUCGGCUCCCAACUGCUGCCGGACUGGUUCCAGAUUGGGCAAAAUGUCGAUGUGCGCGCCAAGUCUCGCGGCAUGGGCUUCGCAGGUGGUAUGAAGCGCCACGGAUUCGCGGGUCAGGAGGCAUCCCACGGUAACUCCAAAAAUCACAGAACAAUAGGUACUACUGGUCCCUCUCAGGGAAGUGGUAGUCGUGUGAUGCCGGGGAAGAAGAUGCCCGGGCGGAUGGGGAAUGAGUGGGUGACGGUGCAGAAUUUGAAGGUCAUGAAGGUCGACAACGAGCUGGGGAUUGUUCUCGUCAGUGGUCCGGUCCCUGGGCCAAAGGGCCGCACGGUCAAGUUGCAGGACUCGAAGAAGCGCAAGGCUCCUGCUCUGCCGUACCGCGAGAAGGCUCUGAAGCAGCUGGAGGAGAGACAUGCUGAUGGGGAGGCAAAGUUGGAGGCUGCGAGACAAAGACAUUUGGAGAUGAAGGAGCAGCGACAGUCAAAGACGGCUGAAUUGUAA